GAACGUGGACCAAUCACAUAUUGACAAAGGUUUGUUCUCGACAGCCAUCACUGCACGUGGACCUAUCACUCUGCAGAACCUGGAACUUGGAAAACUGGCUCUUGCCGCAUUACUAACAACUGGGAAAUCGGACAUCUCCUACUUCCGUCUUCAGUGCGUUCAAGACAACUGGGACCAGGGGAAAAACGAGCUCCGACUAGUGAAAAUCGUUUAGAACCAUCGGGAACUCGGGCUUCUCUCUAGAACUCUUUCUGACCUGAAUAUCACUGACGUCCUGAUUCCACCUCGUUUUUCCGAGUCCCCAGUUGUUUUGAAAGCACCAUCUGUGGGUGGGUCACAGGGUCAGCGCUGUCCUCGCGGAACAACGACUCUAGUGGUUUCCACUAGAUAGUACAGCCACAAAGUCAAAAUCGGCUAUAUCGUACAAAGUCAUAAAAGCAAAAAUGUGCUUUUUUGUCCUCGCGGAACAACGAUUCUAGUGGUUUCCACUAUAUAGCACAGCCACAAAGUCAAAAUCGGCUAUAUGGUAAAAAGUAAUGAAAGCAAACAUUUGCUUUUUGGUCUUAAUGUAAGGUUAGGCAUAAGGCUAGCCGUGUGGUUAAGGUCAGGUUUAAAUCAAAUUUAAAUAAGACGCAUUGUAGAUAUAGGCGGGGUUUAUGACUUUGUGUCUGUGGUAACUACUGACGACCGACUCGAGUGGAUCCAAUGAGAUCACGCCGCGUUCUGGGCCCUAUGGCGAGAACAAGCCGGUGAUAGCAGGGGGAAAAGAUCAAGAAACCUUUAUUAGUGUGGCUACGAAGAGGUUUCCAGUCAAUAGAUCAAGCCAACAGUAAGAAGCAUACACCUAAAUAAUACGAGAUAGACCGUUUUAGCUUUCUGCAAGUAAAGGCGUGCUCUUUCAUUUUGUUGAUAUUUUUGUUUAAGCCAGCCUGCUUCAAAAAACUGAACUGCUGCUGGCUGGAGUGGAGAAGGUCACCAUGAGGAGGAAGCUGACAUUAUGGGCUCUCUUCUGCCUUGUCCUGGCACUGCUGCCUUCACAAACGGCCUCUGUUGCAGUCAUGUCAGUUGACCUGGGCAGUGAGUGGAUGAAAGUAGCGAUAGUAAAACCUGGCGUGCCAAUGGAGAUUGCUCUAAACAAGGAGUCCAGGAGGAAAACGCCAAUAGCUGUGUGUUUAAAAGAAAAUGAGAGACUUUUUGGAGACAGUGCAUUGGGAGUGUCUGUGAAGAACCCCAAAUUUGUCUAUAGGCAUCUUCAGAGCCUCCUUGGCAAGAAACAUGACAACCCACAGGUGGCGGUCUAUCAGAAACGCUUCCCCGAGCACCAUCUGGGGAAAGAUGAGAGUCGGGGCACAGUUCUCUUUAGCAACUCAGAAGAAAUGCAGUACUCUCCAGAGGAGCUCCUGGGCAUGGUUUUGAACUAUUCACGUGGACUGGCUCAGGACUUUGCAGAGCAGCCCAUCAAAGAUGCAGUGAUCACCGUCCCGGCCUUUUUCAAUCAGGCAGAGCGCAGAGCAGUCCUGCAGGCCGCACAGAUGGCAGGUGUUAAGGUCCUUCAGCUCAUCAACGACAACACGGCGGUGGCGCUCAACUACGGCGUCUUCAGGAGAAAAGACAUCAACAGCACAGCUCAGAACAUUAUGUUCUAUGACAUGGGUUCAGGCAGCACAACAGCAACCAUCGUCACGUACCAGACGGUCAAGACCAAAGAGUCGGGUACCCAGCCACAGCUCCAGAUACGAGGAGUGGGGUUUGACCGCUCUCUGGGAGGCUUUGAGAUGGAGCUGCGACUGCAGGACCACCUGGCCAAGCUGUUCAACAAGCAGAAGAAGACCAAGAAGGAUGUGAGGGAGAACCACCGUGCCAUGGCCAAGCUUCUCAAGGAGGCCCAAAGACUCAAGACUGUGCUGAGCGCUAACGCCGAAUUCAUGGCACAGGUGGAAGGGCUGCUGGAUGACAUGGACUUCAAGGCCAAGGUGACCCGUGUGGAGUUUGAGGCCCUGUGUGCUGACCUGUUUGAGAGAGUGCCUGGCCCCGUACAGGAGGCCCUCAGCUCUGCAGAGAUGACCCUGGACGAGAUCGAGCAGGUGAUCCUUGUGGGUGGCUCCACCCGAGUGCCUAAGGUGCAGGAAGUGCUGCUCAAAGCCGUUGGGAAAGAGGAGCUAGGGAAGAACAUCAACGCAGACGAGGCUGCAGCCAUGGGUGCCGUGUACCAGGCCGCUGCCCUCAGCAAGGCCUUCAAAGUCAAACCCUUCCUGGUCAGAGAGGCAGCUAUUUUCCCGAUCCAGGUGGAGUUCACAAGGGAGAUGGAGGAGGAGGAUGGCUCCAGGAGCCUGAAGCACAACAAGCGUAUCCUGUUCCAGAGGAUGGCCCCCUACCCCCAGCGCAAGGUAAUCACCUUCAACCGCUACACUGACGACUUUGCCUUCUACAUCAACUACGGAGAUCUCAGCUUCCUGGGCCAGGAAGACCUCAGUGUGUUUGGCUCUCUCAACCUGACCACAGUGCAGCUGUCUGGGGUGGGCAGCAGCUUCAAGAAGCACACAGAUGCUGAGUCCAAGGGCAUCAAGGCCCACUUCAACAUGGACGAGAGUGGCGUGCUCCUCCUGGACCGGGUGGAGUCUGUCUUUGAGACCGUUGUGGAGGAGAAGGAAGAGGAGUCUACUCUGACAAAACUGGGUAAUACCAUUUCCAGCCUGUUUGGAGGGGCCACCUCGGAACCCAAUGCAAAUGUGACAGAAGCAGUUCAGGAUGAAGAAGAGGUUCAUCCGGAGGCUGGGAAGGAGCAGGAGGAGCAGGGCCAGAAGGAGGAGGCUGCUCCCCAGGAAGAGAAGGAGGAGGCUGCUCCCCAGGAAGAGAAGCAGGAGCCUGGGGAGAAACAGCAGGAGGAGGCGGCCCCAACCCAGGAGAACACUGAGGGAGUGGACAGCAAGGCUGACCCUCAGGAUGAAAAGGAGGGAGCCAAAUCCGGAGAAGAGGAGAAAACGACAGAGGAAGCAGCAGAGGAAGCGGCAAAGACUGAGGCAGAGGAGAAAGCCAAGCCUCAGAAGAAAACCAAGAUCUCUGAGGACGUCGCAGUGGAGCUCCAAGUGAACGACAUCCUUAACCCUAGCUUGGAAGCCAUCACCUCCUCAAAUAAGAAGCUCCAAGACCUAACUGAUCGAGACCUGGAGAAACAGGAGAGGGAGAAGACCCUAAACAGUCUUGAGGCAUUCAUUUUUGAGACCCAGGACAAGAUGUACCAGGAGGAGUACCAGGCGGUGGUGUCGGAGGAAGAGAAAGAAGCCAUCACAGCCAAGCUGAGUGAGGCGUCGGCCUGGAUGGACGAGGAUGGCUACACUGCGGCCACCAAGGAGUUGCGGGAGAAGCUGCAGGAGCUCCGGAAGCUGUGCAAGGCCAUGUUCUUCCGUGUGGAGGAGCGCAGGAAGUUGCCUGACCACCUGGCCGCCCUGGAGAGCAUGCUCAACCAUUCCAGCUUCUUCCUCAGGAGCGCCAAACUCAUACCAGAAGACGACCAAAUCUUCACUGACGUGGAGCUGAAGACAUUGGAAAAAGUCAUCAACGAGACCACUACGUGGAAGAACACCACAGUAGCUGAGCAGGAGAAACGUUCUCCCACGGAGCGGCCCUUGCUGCUGUCCAAAGACAUCGAGUCCAAGCUGUCUUUGCUGGACCGCGAGGUCAACUACUUGCUGAACAAGGCCAAGUUUGCCAAGCCCAAGGCCAAGCCCAAGGCCAAGAACAACAGUACCACCUCAGAGAGCAGCAGCAAGGCCAACAGCAGCAACACAGAGGAGAAAGUCAUACUUCCCAAGGAGGAGACCAAAGACGAAGAAGGCACUGAGGAGGUGCAGCCAGAGGAACCUCCCAUCAAAGAGCCCAUUGGACAUAACACUGACUCACCCAGCCAAUCACAGCCUACAGAUAAAACUGCAAGUGCAGAAGGCACUGAGGAGGUGCAGCCAGAGGAACCUCCCAUCAAAGAGCCCAUUGGACAUAACACUGACUCACCCAGCCAAUCACAGCCUACAGAUAAAACUGCAAGUGCAGAACCAACAGAGAAAAACCAGUCAGAAAACCACAUAGGGGAUGAGUUAUAACAGCUGGAACUGAAGAGAUCUCAUUUGUAUUUAUUGACAAUGUUUAACCGGAAAGUCAUUGGAUCAGCUCAGACACCCUGAACUAUCUUAUUCCCCCUCUCACUUUCUGUUCAUCUUCAUCCUUCUCGGCCGCCAAACAUCUUUCCCCCUCUUACUUUUACAUGGUGAGCAAGGAGCACUUACGAAGCCUGGAAUAUCCAUCGAAUGAACUGACCACAAGACUUCAAGUUUGUAUUCUACUAUCGUGCCCUAAAGGUUUAGGUAUACUUUCCUACAUGUAAACAACUUUAUUUUGACAACUGUAUGAUUGCCCUGCAUAGAACAGAACAAGUACCUGAUACAAAAUGUUUAGUUUUGGUAGGACUAAUUAUAACAGGACUCAAUGUUUCCUCCACAGCACCACUGUCAAAAAUUGCAUCGUUCAUCGCAUUCUGUGAUCAGUAAGGGUUGUUGUGAUUUGUCCUCUCAAGCACAGUUAUCCUCAUCUCUUCUGUUUUCUCUACGCAAAUCUUGCUUUCAUUCAUUUUUUUGUGGGUUUUCGUGUGUGUGUGUGUGGAAAGAUAUCGAAGGUGCUGGAGCUAAUGGAUGCUCCUCUUGGGAAAUGGAAUGGGUUUUAGUUGUCUUUGAAUAUUGAAUUCCUCGGUUUAAUGCCUUGUAUUGUGGCUGAUUUAAAAUGCAUAAACAAUCCGUGAUGUGUGUAUACAAUAUGCCACAAAGGCGCAAUUAUUUGUCAUCCAAAUAUUAUAAUAUUGACGACCAGUCGUUAAAUGUGUUCAUAGGCGUAAAAUCCAUAUUUUAUGCUUUUCAGAACCCUCUCUCCAUGGUCUUAAUAUUUCUGACAAUUAAUCAAUUAAUUAGCAUGAGGGAAACAUAUUUUUCAAUGAAAGUACAUCUAUCUUCAUAUGCAAUACUUACUUGCAGUUUCUCUAUAGAUUGUACUCAAUACAGAUAGUUCAGUAAACUUACUUCAAUCACCAAGGUGCAAUUUUGGGGCUGCCAUGGGUUGUGUUCAGUAGGUGAAAAAAAAAUUAUAAAAAAAUUGGUGUGGUGUGAAAUGGAUGUGUAUGGAUGCCAGUAUGAAUUUGAGGACUGCUCAACUGUGUUGCACUGACUGAAGAAUAAGCAGAUAAUAUUAUCCACGUCUCAAGAUGCUUGAAUCUAGCAGAGGAGUGUGUGGUUCCUGUUCUUUGCAUCACCUCAGAUGGUGCGUGAGGGGGGGGGGGAAAUAAACUAAAUAAAACGGGAUUGGGAGAUGCCAACAAUGUUUUGUUUCGAAACUGUUAAUAAAAGUUUUUUUUUUUUUUUUUAUGACUGGGUGAUGAACAGUGGAAUGUGUGUUCUUUUUCCCCUCAAUCUGUCUUUAAAAAUAAGAGGAGGUGGGUCUUCAAAUACACAUUUUCAAAGGUACCAUUGUAACUCUGGGCUAGGGUCGAUUUUGUAAAUCAAAUAAUCAAAGUAAUUGUUUCUCUCCAUUUCAUUGCGUUUCAAUUCCAGAAUGGUCUGUGUGAAUGUGUAAUUGACCCCAAUUUGAAGACCAGCAGGACAGAUUAUGAAGAAAGAUUUGACCAUAAUUGGAAACAAAAUGGGUAAUUUAUUAUAUUUUACUUGUAUAAAGGGUAUGUCAAGUGUUUAUAAUGAGUAUGGUUUUAUACACCGAUAUUUGUAAAGACUGGGACAUUUUAAGAAAAAGAACUGGAUAGCAAAUAUAACAUUUAAAAUAUGAUUUGAUGGACAACAUUGAAAAGGAGCCCUUGAAACCCUAAUACACCAAAAUAUGUAGUCAUUUUUUAUUGUGACAUAUUAUGAUUAUACUAGAUAUUAUAUAGCAUCCAUUUGUACUUGUCCAUGUCCCUAAACAAAGAAGAUAACCCUUAAUUCCAAAAACCAAUACCAGACCUUCAAUGCCUUAAUUGAAAUAAACGAUUUAAACAUGCAGUGCUAUAUGUGUAGGUUACACAGAUAUAUUCAUAUGGAUAAGUGCUUUUAUUUCAGCCUGAAAUUUGCUAGUCAUCUUUGGACUAAAAACCUUCCUGCCUCCUCACUGGCUAGUAGCCUAGACAUGUUUAGACCAGCCAGCCAUGCCCAUGUGCUAUUUCCUUGAAUAAACUGUGUGGAUGAAAACAA